AUGAAGAACAUUGUUCUUGUUGUGUCUCCUUUAAUUUCUUUAAUGAAUGACCAACUCUCCAAUCUUAGUGAAUUGGAUGUAUCUGGAAUCAGUCUUUCCGAUAUAAAAGAUGCAACAACAAGGGAAAAAUUGAUGAACAGACAAUUUACAUUUGUGUUUGCGAGCCCGGAAGAGUUUUUGUCAACAGAAAUUAGACAGCUGCUCAAGUCUACCAUGUACAAAGAACGGGUCGUUGGCGUUCUUGUUGAUGAAAGUCAUUGUGUUUCCAAAUG